GACAUCUAAACGUGAAUACACAGUAUCCACUAAUUUAUCAGUGUCCAAUACCAACGGGAGAAUACUGCAAUUCCUGUAGGAAGCACCGGUAUCUCGCCACUCUUUGUGUGUAGGACGCCGCAUAAGCACAUGACAUAAAGCUACUAGCAGCUUAGUGUGUGGCUUGAUGACUGUAUUGUCCUUCUAUAUCAACUCCGUACCAAGUGUGAUAGUUCAAUAUGACAUGGAGUCCCUCGGGGCGCAGUAUACUCGUCCUUCCCGCAGCAGCUCUGUACUCAUUGCGGUGCUUCAAUAAAACACGAAGUCCUCUCACGAUAACGUAUUUGGCUAAUGCAAUAUGUUUCCUUGUCUACAGCAGCUGCGUACUGAUCUGUAAGCUCAAUCUACACGUCUCAAUCUGGGUAGAACUGCAUACAUGAUAUUCUUGCUUGACUUGCAUGUACUGUGUUUUUCUGACGAUCGUGAAACCUAGAUGCUGACUCAAUUAAAAUCAAAAUCCGAGGAUCAGAUGGCCCCCAAUGUGCAUAGAGCGAGAAUCGCAC